AUGCUCCGAAAGUCCGCGAUUCUCCUGCUGCUGGCGGUUGGCGUUUCUGCAUCCUAUGAAGCUGAGCAAAAUGAUUCGGUCAGCCCCAGGAAGGCGAGGCUCGCCGCCCAGACCUCAGCGGAUGUGGUUCGAUGUUUAAAUAGUGCACUCCAGGUAGGAUGUGGUGCUUUUGCCUGCCUGGAGAACGCCACAUGUGACACGGAUGGCAUGUAUGACAUCUGCAAAUCCUUUCUCUACAGUGCUGCUAAAUUUGACACUCAGGGGAAAGCCUUUGUCAAGGAGAGUUUGAAGUGCAUCGCAAAUGGCAUCACCUCCAAGGUUUUCCUUUCUAUUCGGAGGUGCUCCACAUUCCAGCGAAUGAUCUCUGAGGUGCAGGAGGAGUGUUACAGGAAACAGGACAUAUGCAGUGCUGCUAGGAGAAAUCCAGAAGCUAUUGCAGAAGUGGUCCAGCUUCCAAACCACUUCUCAAACAGGUAUUACAACAAGCUCAUCAGAAGCUUACUGGAAUGCGAUGAUGAGACUGUGGGUACCAUAAAAGACAGUCUGAUGGCAAAAAUUGGACCGAACAUGGCCAGCCUUUUCCGCCUACUGCAAACGGAUCACUGCGCCCGAAUCCAUCCUAGAUCCGACUUCAACCAACGACGUAUCACUGAGCCUCAGAAGCUAAAAAUCUACUUCAGGAAUCUCCGGGGUGAGGGACCUGCUCCAUCCCAUAUGAAACGUACUUCUGCAGAAAGUGUGUAA